AUGAUCUCAAGCAAUGCAGACAUUAUCCAAGGCGUUGCGCAACACGUAGCAGACGCCGCAAGUGCUGCCUUCCCUCCCAGUUCAGCCAUCUUGACCGCGUUCACAUUCGUCAUGACUGCGUCAAAGCACAUCUCUGAUGAUUACGAUAUGAUUGAGGGCUUUUUUGGCAUCAUGCAAUCAUUCUUGAAGCGCCUCUCGCUACUGGAAGACAAGAUUCCGGCCGAGAGAGACUUUCAGAUCUUCGUCGUCACCGUGUUCUCGUCGCUCCUGAAGCUUUCUGCGAUAGCACGCGCCUAUUGUGCGAAGGGCCGUUUCUCUAAAUGGGCGAAAGCUUUAGUUGACGGCAAAGACCCCGAACUACAAGCCGCAUACGAAAAGCUCACGGGGAGCCUUCAAGACCUAGAGUCUGCGAUAAUCAUGAAGACGCUGAGAACGACAAUCGAGAUCAGCGAGGAUGCAAGAUCGACCAAUCAAAAUGUCAAAGCCAUUCAAGGCCAGUUGGGAGGAAUAUCGGCCAUGUCCAUGCAGACAUUGGAAACGAGCCAGCAAACUUUCAGCGUCGCCAUGCGUACCGAAACAGGAGUGCAACAACUGAUUCAUACGUCAAUCAAUAACGCAACUGCAGGGACAGAGAUGCUGCGUCUCCAAAAUGACAUAGCAAAAAAGCUAGACAAGAUGCAGUCGAAGGAUAACAAGGACAAGCAGCGGAACAUGAAGUCCGGUGCCAGUAGGCCGGUGAACUUUGAGCGACUAUGGAACCUUCUCAAAAACCAGGCUGAGGGCGGCGUCAGUGAGCGUUUAGCUGACAUGCAGCUCUCUGGCAUUCAAGGACUUUUUGAUUGGGUCCAACAAGAUGCGGCCUUUCGACAAAUUAUCGAUGAGGAAGAAAGCAUUCUUUGUGUGAGCGCGAAAUCUGGUAUGGGGAAGUCAUCUCUCGCCUACUAUAUGUUCAACUAUCUGGAACAACAAUUUUCCGCGGAAUCUACGACAUGCAUCACUUGGUUUCCUUUCGACGAGGAGCAUUUUGAAAUGCGGUCAGUGAACAACAUGCUUCGAUACUGUGCGAUCCGCGCUGCAAAGAAAGAUGCUCAAUAUUGUACGGAGGUCUUAAGCACUUUGCAACGAGAUGAUCCAUAUGGCCUUCGCCUUGAAGAGAACGAAGACGCAUGGAAGCUCUUGAUAGAAACAAGAUUUACCAAGGAGUCUGAUCGACGGUUGAUUCUGGUUCUGGAUGGGAUUGAUCAGAUUGAUGAGGAGGACUUUCCAGUGUUCAAAGAGCUACUGACAAAGAUCAGGAGCCUACAAUGCACGAUUCAAGUCAUAGCCUUGGUGUACAUUGACCAUACUAUGCGCCGACUUAAUGCCAUUGGUCGCGAAGGGCCCAUCAAGAAAGAGCUAGAAAACCUACCCGGGAGUACCACGGCCCUCUAUCGCAUGCUCUUCGAGGAAUGCCAGAAGAAUCGUACUUCAGAAGACCAAGAGUUGCUGAGAGCCUUACUCGCGUGGUUAGCAUACAUGAAGACCAAAAUGACGGUUUCAGAAGCGAAUAUGCUCAUAGGAAUACUCAAGAAGGACAACGCAAUCAGCAUCGAGGAGGAACUUGAUGGGCGCUUAUCUAGACUUCUCCGCAUUUCAGGAGAUCGGGCAGAAGUUGGGCAGGACGACUCCAGUGGAGAUGAAGAACGAAUCAGCGAAGGGGAUGAAGACGCUGUGAGCCGGACAGAGGAUGCGAGUAACUUCUUGAGCUUCCAAGAACGAUCCCUCAAAGCCUAUUUCCGAAGCGCUAUUCAAGAUCACCCAGAUGGUCUGCGAUGCACAGCUACAGAGGCGCAGGCAAUAAUAUUCCGGACGUGCGCUACCAUCUUGACAGCACCGGAGAAAGACCAGACACCCGCUGGACAGCAAUUGCUGAGUUACGCUGCUAGGUGGUGGCUUUCUCAUCUACUAGAGAUCAAAAUUGGUGAAGAUGACCACAUCAGCGACGAUAUGGCCAAGCUCAUUAUCGAGAGCAUCUACAGUGUCCUCACAAAUAAGAGCGACUCCCUGAAGCCUCUGGAGCUGCUCGCUGUAGGCUCCAAGACCAUUCUCAAUGGCGAAGAAAUCCCUCAGGAAGAAGUGCUUGUUGCAUUGUCGGCCUGGGCCAAACGCGCCAUGCCCCUGCCUCCAAAUCAACUGCCUUACGGUAUCUUGGAUUGGUUCCGGCCGCUGGCCCAACAGCCACUACGUGUCUUUAUCGGUCUAGCCCGUGAACACAUCAAGAACUGGUUCUCUUCCAGUAACAAAGGAGAGGCAUACAGUGCUUUCGUCAGUGCUCAUGCUGCACUUCGGGAGGGUCGAAAUCUCCCUGAAUUAAAGCAGAGCCCGACUCUUGGAGAUUAUUUCGUAGAAUUCGUGGAGGAGGACAAUACUUUCACAACGCGAUCUUUCGAGGUGGUUGCCAACUGCUUUUGGGACAUAGUCAAGACUUCUUCGUCCUUCAGGGGCAUUGGAAUGGCAAUGGACCUCUGUGGACUGUACGAACCAUCUCUAAAACAGUUCGACAAAGGGCUUGAAGAUGACACAAUCGAUACAUCCGAGAAAUUCAUGUUGCUAGCGUGCAAAGCAGAAGGUUUGUGGUGGCUGGGAACCAAGGUUGAAUUGAAUGACGAAGAGAAGAAACGGCAAUACAUUGAAGAGUCGCUCCCUAUCUUCUGCCAAGCUAACGAACUCUAUCACCAAAUGAGCAAAGCGGGUCAGGUUGACGAUGACAUUCGGUCAUGUGCAUCGUUCAACUUUGGAAACACGGCGCAUGUGGCUGCACUCCUGGGAAAGUCGGAAAUGGUACUUGAUGCGGUCAAGGAGAGGCUGGAGACUAAAUCACAAGUGCCUCCGAGUAACUUGCCUGACAUCACAAGCGCUUUACACAAGGCUGGAGAGCUCACUACAAUCAUCAAGCUCUUGAAGCUUCUCAGCAAGACAGACCUUACCUGGUAUCUGAUCUCGGAUACAGCCGAGGUGGUCCAGGAAGCUGCAAUGCGCGCAGGUGAAGGCCAAUACAUGCUCGAUAUGUACGACGCAGCCCAAAAAGCAGUCAGUACCUGGUCGUUUGAGCCUGCGGAAUUGAAGACACGCCUGCAGUCCUCUGCGGCUAUUUUCGCCCGCCAGGCGCUCGGCAAUGUAGCUUUCGCCAGAGCGUCACUCAGAGAAAUGAUCGAUGACCCCAAAACACCGACCUGGCGCGUUUUGGACGGUUGCAACCAACUCGCUGAGAUAUUGGUGGAAGACUUCAGAACAUCCAAUGAUCCUCGGGCCAAACAAAGAGCGUUGGAGGAGACCAUCAAGCUGCUCGAAAAGCCUGCUGAAGUGUUGCCGAGCGUGUAUAACCCUGGCGAAUCGCACUUGGUUGUUACCGUCGCACUCAUGCAGCGACGGCUCGGCUCUACCCUGGAUAUGUCUGACCGCUUGAACGCUGGGUUCCAGAAUUGCGUGGAAGAACUUCGUGAUGAUCAAGGCUUGAAUGACCAGUUUGCAUUGCGGCGAUUGGCGCGAGUGCUUCGUUGCAUUCCAGGAUUCGAAGACGCUGCUAGCAUAGCUUACACGGCACAUUUGUACAUUGUAGACGAAGAAGUACAUCGCAAAGAGCGCGAAGCCGAGAACACAUCCCAGGAGAAGGAUUCUCAGGCGUUGAGUGAUGGAGGAAAAGCGCCUGUUGAUGGUGUUGAAACAAAGAAUGGCCUUGUGGUGGAGCAGGAAGCUCCGACAGUCGCCCAGUCCAUCGACGCUCUCGUCAAUGGCGACUCUGAUCCCGGCGCUGGCGGAGAUAAAAACGUUAUCAACACCGAGAACGGCGUUCCUACGAACGCAAAGCCAGACACUGUCGAAGAAAGCACACCCAAGACCACCAUGAACCAUCCAGACGAAGACCUAAACGAGAAUGCCUCCUUCUACUGCAACUACUGUGGCCAAGUAUCCAACGACUGGUCAAGCGGCGCGUACUUCUGCAUGUACUGUAUCGACAUGGACAUUUGCGAGGGGUGCUACCAGAAAAAGAUAGCACGAGAGAAAGGUGAACUCGAGCCAGAUUGGCACACCAUAUGCCCAGAGGGCCACAAGCACAUCAGAGGGCCGAUACAGGGAUGGAAAGGUAUGAAGAGUGGUAUCAUGAAAAUCGGAACGGAAGAGGUGCCGUUCAAAACGUGGCUUGUCCAGCUGGAAGUCAGAUGGGCCAAGUAUUGGGAAGACUUUUGGACUGAGGCUGAGAUGGUGUAG